AUGAUUGAAAUAACUCAAACCUCCAACAUAACAUUCAAAAAUAUAUUGAUCAUUUAAAACAAAUAAACAUAUUAAGAUGAUAAUCAACUAGCUAGUUAUAUUAUUGGCGUUUUUUCAUUUGAAUAGCUAAUUAUCGAUUCUGCUACUGUAAAAUUAAACCACAAUUUAUUAUUCCUAAACAUUUCUAACUACCUUUUGAUUGAAGAAAAUAGCAUAAAAUAUUCAAUAGCUUUUAUUGACUCCUUUUUGACUUUACAACAGAUUUUGUAUGAGAAAAAUUCAUUCGAUGAGUGUGUAUCAUUAAGUGCUAUUUAAAUACAAAACAUAUAAAUGUCUUUAAUAUAAAAUUGCACCUUUAGUUAAAAUAAAUUAGAAAAUUCUGCUCUUAUUUAAAUAUAAAAUAUAGAUUUUGUCUAAUUUAAUUUAGCCACAUUUAGUUUGAAUGCUUGCCUCAGCUGUGUGUUUUCAUAAACUUGUAGUCAAAUUAAUGUUAUAAAAUCAGUUUUUAGUUAAAAUUUAUCUAAUGAUUCUGGAUCUUGUUUAUUGCUAAAAAAUUUUCUUGAAUAAAAAGAUGAAAAUAUUAUAUAAGACAGCAUCUUCGAUAAUAAUUUUUCUUUAAAUAGUGGUGGUGCAAUAUAUUUAUAAAAUGUAGAUAUUGAAAUACUGAAUAGCAUCUUUUCUAAUAAUAAAGCUAGUAUUGGAGGAGCAAUUAGAUAUCUUAACAUAAUACCUAGAUUUAUUCAUAAAAUCAUAAAAAGUGGAAAUGCUAAUUAAUAAAAUAGUAGUGAUAUUUAAUUUUUAAAUAAUAAAGCUUUUAUAUUUGGAAAUAAUAUUGGAUCAAUUCCAAAAUAUCUAACAUUUAAUAGGGAUAAGGAGAUGAAGUUUAUUGAAGAUUUACAGCUAGAAAAUUUAAGAAGUGGAGAUAUUAUAGAAAACUUAGAAAUUAGCUUAUUAGAUGAAGAAUAAAAUGUAGUUAGCAUCAUACCUCCACAAAACAUGCAUUUUACUCAAAAGAUUUUAAAUGAAAUAAAAUUGUAUUAAAUUUAGCUUUUUUCAAAUGAUUAAAAUGAAAUUGAUUUAAAAUAUAACACAAUUUUUUCAUACUAAUAGAGUUCAAAUACAUUUAACAUUAGUGGUAUGAAAAUAUAAGGAAUGCCUAAGAAAUCUUCUUAAAUUCAAAUUAAUGUCCCUUUUUUGAGACAGGAUAGUCUCAACAAUACCUACAUAGUAGGCAAAAAUUUUAGUAUUUCAGUUAUAUUUAGAGAUUGUUAGGCAGGAGAAUUUUUUUCUUAAGUAUCUUAAUAAAUAUACGAAUGCCAAUAAUGCUUAAAUAAUACUUAUUCAUUAAUUGAACCAACUCUUCAUAAAGCAAUAUAAUGCAAAUAAUGCUAAUUGGAUAAAGCAGAUAGCUGCAAUCUAAAUGUAAUAAAUGUCAAAAAAGGAUUUUGGAGAUUAAAUUAACUUGGUGAUGAAAUAAUAGAGUGCUAGAAUCAGCCAUAAAAUUGUGAAUGCUAGUCAAAUCUAAACAUGCAAAAGGAAACUUAAUUUUGUUGUAUCAAAGGUUUUAUAGGUACACAAAUUUAAUUAUUUAAGAUUAAUACUUUUGUGAGAGAUUGA